UUCACCACAUCGCUCGGGUGUCGUGUCGUGUAUGCACUUUUCGUGUUUUUGUUAUUUCGGAAAUUUGUAUCUCCCUUGCAAAAUAUGCUCAUUGUGCGAGCAUAAUUGUACUAAACGGGUUCGUGAAGUUAUACUGGAUAUUAGCGAUAAGAGGAAAGUAUAGAAAACAAGUGGACAAGCUGUUCGGAGAAAGGAUCCAAUGGACUCGAUGAAUAUCAAAAUGGAGGUGCCGGAACUGCAACUUCCGGAUCACAUCUCGCAACUGGGCGAGGAUGGGCUGGGAAUCAUCUCCAAUUCGGAGUUCCUUGCCAAUGGUAACGGGCUGUUUCUGGGCGAAACGGAUGACGGCGAUGACGACGAUGAUACCAUUGUAGUGCAUAUGGAUCUGCGGGAGAAUCUAUCGACGUUGAGGGGUCUGGUGGAACAGCGUAUCGGAGUGUCGUUGAAGCAUUAUGAAUUUUGGCUGCAGGAUACUCAGAUGUUGGAAUCGCACAAGAAUCUGGUCGAUCAGUGUGUCCAAGGGGAGGGAUUGGUUCAGAUUAACGUUCAGGUUCAGACGGCUAAACGGAGGAUCAACAUUGCCGAUGUGCUGAAACCGACGGAUGAGGUGCUGGAGAGCUAUCAACAGGAACUGGAAUUGGCGGCUGCUCAGGCUGCCGCAGCAGCACAGGCAGCAGUGGCGGCCGCUGCUGCAGCUUCCAUCACCACCAACGCGGAAACCAAUUCUUCUGCUCCACAACAGGACCCUUCCGCAGCCCCGUCACCGACGGCAGCUAGCGUUUCCAACGAUUCAGCUCCGGCACCCAAAAUACCGCUGCAGACUACGAAGGAAGAGCUGGAGACGGCUUCUGCGGUGGCUGCCAUCAUAAAUUCCGCUAAUGCUGAAGCAAACGCCGAAAAAGUGGUUACACCGACCACCACGGCAGUAGCCACGGUACCGGUGACGACUACCACAACCACGGUCACGAAUGGCACGGUGUCUGCAAAAUCUACACCGCCGAUGAUGGAUUCUCCCACGAUCAUCGAUGACGAUGAUGACGACGACGAUAUGAUGGGGGACGGAGGUCAGUCGGCCCUGCGCUGGGUUUGCGAUACGAACUUCAAGCGCGAUCAGCAACGGUUGAACAUUCCGGACGAUCCGGUCGAGUGGACCGUGGCACAGGUCAAGCACUGGAUCCAAUGGGCGGUGAAAAUAUUCCAGCUGACUAGUAUCAAGCUGCAGGAUUGGAGCAUCAGUGGGAAAGAGCUGUGCGACAUGGAUCAUGCUGAGUUCAAACAGAAGGUUCCGAGCGAUCCGGGCGAUCUGUUCUGGACGCACUUGGAGCUGCUGCGAAAAUGCAAAUUUGUAGCCGUCGUGCAGAAGCAUGGUGAUGGGGACGAGUACGACGAGAUGGCCAUUUUACGGAAGGUUCCGAGGAACAGUUUGGCAAACGAAAGCUACUGCGGCAAUCGAAGCGGCAACAAUGGGCAAAUUCAGCUGUGGCAGUUCUUGCUGGAGAUUCUCACCGAUAAGGAACAUCAGGGAAUCAUUCAGUGGAUCGGAAGGGAAGGAGAAUUCAAGCUAUGCAAUCCGGAACUGGUUGCCCAACUGUGGGGCGAACGGAAGAACAAACCGACGAUGAACUACGAGAAGCUGUCGCGUGCUCUUCGCUACUACUACGACGGAGAUAUGAUCUCCAAGGUGCAUGGCAAGCGGUUCGUGUACAAGUUUGUGUGCGAUCUUCGGGAACUGAUCGGAUACAACGCUUCCGAGCUGGCCAACCUGGUCCAGGAUGGAGUAUCGUAUGUCAGCAGCAACCAGUUUGACAGUUACGACCGGGACUGCGACUAGGAUUAGUCUUUAAUUUCUUUUUGAUAUUGAAUUUAUGACAUUUGAUUUAUGAUAACUAAAAGUUUACUGUAACGUUGAAUUGAAUUUAUUAACGAUGUUUAAGAUUAUCACUCUUGCUUAUUAUAUAUUCUUAUAUAUGCAUUGAAUAAACGAUUAUACAAAACCUAGCUACAAAUGUUGAAGAUGUU